UUUUGUCGUUGCUACAGUCUAUCGUAAUGGACCCCGUCUGUUGCCUCCGUUCCAUAACCUUAACUGCUUCCCACCGCUCAAUCUUUCUACCAGGUAUAUAUCUAAAAUUCAAAAUGUCUCCUCUCUCCUGAUUCAUAAGCUAGGGAUGUUAUCCCCGCUUCAUUUCUCAGAAUCGCUCUUCCGUUGCUUCGUCUUUCAUGGUCAGACGCUCUACCUUCUCUCUUAAUUCAUCUGACACCUGCUUGCAGAUGGGUUUCUUCUUUGUCAGAUGCUUACCUCGGAUGAAUUUGUCCCAAAGAGUACAGUAGCUAUAUCUGAUAUUCCCCUUGCUGCCGAUGAUGCUUCUGAGGCAUAGAAAGAAUAUGAGGUCCAAUAGGUUAACCUAAGGUCCUUAAGGUUAACAAUGUCAGGGCUGGCGACAUGAGUGUUGUUUAUAAAGGGGUUGUGAUGAUAAUUCAUUUUCUUGAGCCAGUUGAUGGGCAUUAGGGAUACCCGACUCGUAUCUUGGCGUGGUAACACACUAACCAGACCUGAAUAUCUCACGUGUUUGGUGUGUUUGCAGCCAUGGCGGUGUCAGAUGUUUCAUUUUGUCCGUUAGUGAGCUUUGUCUGAGCCUCCGUUGUUUAUUUAUGGAAGAGAUUUGUUUAAUGCUACCACUUUAAAGUUUAAAACAUUUAUAUUCAAGAAAUUCUGUUACACUGUCCAUGUUUUUCGGGGAGGGAAAUAUCUGGUUCGUACGGCGUAUUUCUACGGCGGAGUCAACAGGCAUCCGGUGGCCCCAGUGUUUGACCAGAUUGUGGAUGGUACUCUGUGGAGUGUUGUGAAUAUUACAAAGGAGGAUGAAGAGGGGGGUUCCAUUAAUAAUCAAAAUGGACUGUUGAUAAGGCCAAAGUACUAUGAAGGGAUGUUUUUAGCUGCGGAUAAGACUAUGAAGGUGUGUUUGGGAGACAAUAACUAUACUGAAUCCGACCCUUUUAUAUCAGCCCUGGAAAUGCUGUUGGUGUGGGACUCUUUAUACAAUUCUACUGAUUUCAACAAGUAUGCUCUUAAUCUCCAUGCAAGGCAAACCUUUGGAUACAAUGGGUCAACCAUUAGAUACCCUGAUGAUGAAUUUGAUCGUUACUGGGAGCCGUUUGGAGAACACUCUCCUUCACAAAACAUAAGCAGUGUUUCUAUAUCCGGUUUCUGGAAUCGUCCCCCUCUGAGAGUAUUUGGGAGGCGUUAUGAAAACAGAAAACCCGAACCGAUGCAAUUGUUGUGGCCUCCAAUACUGCUGCUGAAUGCUACAUAUCACAUUGCUCUUUACUUUGCGAAUGAUUGAGGAUCUAUUUCAGACAGAGUUUUCAACAUAAGCUUGAAUGGCUUAGUUUAUUACCCUAACCUUAAUGUCACUCCUUCUGGUGUAGUGGUCUUCGCAAACCAGUGGCUUCUCUCUGGCAUUACAAAUAUAACUCUGAACCCUGCCCCUGGUUCAAAUGUUGGCCCUGUCAUCAAUGCAGGAGAGAUUUUUUAAGUGCUACAUGUUGGUGGAAAAACACACACUGGAGAUGUGGCUGCUUUGGAACGUGUAAAGAGAAGUUUCAAAAAUCCUCCACUGGAUUGGAAUGAUGAUCCAUGUCUCCCUCCUCACUACCCAUGGACUGGAGUUGUGUGCUCUGGAGGAUCCCGGAUUCGUGUCAUAGCUUUGUAAAAGAAGAGAAGCAUUGGAGAAUAUGCAACACAUGCAUGGAAGAACCUAUGCAGCAGGCUGUCUUGUGGACUCGGACUUUUCCUCCUUGAAGACAACUUGGGCUUCUGGGAAUGUACGAGAGAAACUCAUAAUUUCCUCUAGGGUUUCCAAAGCCUUGAAGUGGGAAGCUUUCGUAAUAACAAGUUCUUCAAGGGCAGGUGAGUUUAAAAGGAUUGUUUUAACAAAUAACACUUCCAGUCUGUAUCCAUGAAAUACUUUCAUCUUCACUGUCUUAAGCAUUUUCAGUCCAUUUCUAAGAACAGAACUGUAGGGAUACUCCAAAAUUCUGGAAGCAUCUUCUUCCUCAUCUCUUUGCCCAUACUACAAGGAAAAGAGAAAUGGAAACAGCAUUUGCUGACUGGUCAGAAAUUUGGAGAAAACAAUAAACACAAAAUCAUAAUCCCCAAAUGACCAGGUAUUUAAUAGGUCUUACAUAAUGCCAUGUCUUAAUUCCAAGUUCAUGUAGCUUUGGACAUUUUUUAAUCAAUUCGGUAAUAAAGGUGAAGUGCUUCGCACGAACAAAAUUGACACUAUGAAUCACAACCACUUGCAGAUUUGUUGCACUUGGGAACGUCCUUACAGAUACAGCAUCAGGUGUAUCCUUGAAAAAAAUAACACAAGUUAACCUUGGAAUAUCUUUAAAAAGCCAGAGUGAAGAAACAUAAGAAAACAAAACAAAAUAUUUCACUAUCACAUCUGCAUUACAAAGUGUAUAUAAGUAGAAGAUUUAUUCUUACCGACAACAGAUCUGCAUGCAAGUAAAGAGUAUUGAUUACAGCAAAAUGGAGCACAAACCAUCUUGAAUCAGUCAGACUUCUAAAAUUACGGUCAAUAGUCAAGCUCUUUAGUUUUGGUGCACAAAUCACAAAAUUAUCAAUCCCAGGACAGUUAUCAAAAGAGAGCUUCUCAAGAUUAGGAACACUAUAGACAGUUCUAGUGGGAUCAGGCUCGAAUACAACAUACUCAAAAACCAAUGAAGUGACGGCAGGAAACACACAAUGUGAAUUAACAGGGAAGUGAAAACUGAAUCCACCAAGUAGGACUUGCUUAAUUGUAGGGCAAGUGACUAUACACUCUUGAAGAUUAUAUGUUUCAUUAAAAUUAUGAAUAGAGGUGAAGUUUCUCAAUGCCGUUUCUCGACAGAAAAAGACACCAACGAUCUAUAUCCGGUGGUAGUGGCAUACGAAUUCUUCCAGAUAUGUAAUACUCCUCAUACUCUGAAUGCGCCAGUGUAAAUUUCUUAACCGAUCCCGUCCGGAGCAUGACACACCGGUUCAUUAUUUCAACGCAAUCCACCACGGGUUCAUCGUCAUCAUCGAAUUGAAGAAAAUGUGAGAAGUUCAAGUCAAAGUCCAGCUGGCCGUGAGCGAACCAAACAUCCUUCCAGUGAGUUGAAAGAAGAGCCAUUCUGGCAGCUUCACGCAUGUUCAACAAUUCUAGAAUUGAUUCCUUCAGCUCUGCUGGUAGUUGACUUAUGAAGUCAUUUCUUGCACCUGAUGUGGUUUUUCUUCGACAAACACUGGCCAUUACACUGAUAAUCUUCAUCAAUUAGUUGGUAUUUAGUAUAUAUACAUGCACAGCCGGUCAGGCUAUAAAUUACCUUACAUACU